UCGUAGUUAAUCCAUGUCACAUCAUGUAUUCGAAUGGUUUGUUCUACAUUUCGCACGAUAGUGUUUACUAAGCAUUUAAUUCUCAUCCAAGAUGGACUACGCAGAUUUAAUGUCUAUUUUAGACACUGCGAAACAGAAAACUGAUGAUGGUGCACAGAAAAACAAAGGUAAAACAAACGGAGAAAGGAGUAUUAGUGUAGGUGCUGUACGGAAGACUAAUGAUAAGAAAAAGGCAGUAAUAGUAGAGUCAAUGACUCACACUUUCAAACCUGCUCGUGGAGCUAAAGUCGGGCAGAAUGACAAAUGGGCGGAAUUCGAGGAGAAGAUGAAGCAGCAGAAGAGAGAUGCAAUGAGAAAGAAAGCAGAAGAAAUUAAAAGGAGAUUAGAGGAAGAAGAACAUAAAGAGAAGGAAGAGAAAGAAAGACUGAAGCAAGAGAGAAGGGAAGAAAUGAUCAGAGAGAAGAGGAAAGUCUGGGAGGAACAGUUUGGCAAGAAGUCUCAGGAUAGCAAGAAGACUGCACAAGACAAAACAACAAAACAUGGAAAACUUUCUUCUUCUGCUACCGACAGGAAAAGAACACACAGUAUCAGCGACAAUGAAGCAGAUGAAGAUGUUGUAUCUGUCAAGCCCAAACCGAACCUGGAAAAACCGAAGAAGCCCAAGAUUAAGAAAUUUAAUCGUCCAAUGCCGCCACCUGUAAAUUUUGCAGACAUUUUAAAAAUGGCAGAGCAGAAGCAACACGAAACUGUGGAUGUUCUUAAAAAACCAAUUCAGAAAAAAAAGAAACCCGAACAACGGCCGAUGUCUCAGUUUGAGAAGGACAGGUUGGAAAGGAUAAAUAGCAAAGAAUACAAGGAUUGGGUUAAGCAUGGCAUAGGCAAACCGCCGUCUGCGGUAAAGCAUCGGUCAUCAGACGAGGACAGUUCAGAUGACGAUAGGAAGGUGGCAAAGAAAAAUAGUGCUUCACUUUCUGCAUCCAGUUCCAGACCGUCUAUUAAUUCUGUUAGAGACCGUUCACCUGCCAUUUCGAAACCAGAACACAAAUUGGGAAUUCCUAAAAAGGAACACUCUUCGAUGAUUUCUCAGAAAAGGCCCAUACCAGGACACGAAAAGACAAGUCUGUGUAAACAAUCAGAGAAAACGAGUCACAGUUCUGACAGACAUAAGGGUGGGUUUACGGUUCCGAAAAUAUCUGAUUCUAGUGGUCAGAAAAAAGUGUCACAUUCUUCAUCAUCAAACCAAGUGAGCAAAUCAUCUUCUAAUUCCGACAGUGUCUCAAAGAAAGUAGCAUCUCAUUCAAAGGAAAAUAACUUAUCUGUGGGUAAUUCGGCAAGACAGAGCACACAUUCUAAGCAUUCUUCAUCUGAUGGUUAUUCCAAUGUAAGUAAAAAACCUAAAAUUUCAUCCUCUUCGGAUUCAAAGGUAGCAAGACCUUCUGGUCCUUCAAAAUUGGGUGAUGGUUCAGUACAUAAGUCAUCUUCAGAUGGAAGGUCAUCUGAUGUUAAAAAGAUUUCUAAAUCUUCAGGAUUACAUAACAAGUCAUCAGAUGCCAGAGUUCCUUCAACAAAACAUUCAUCCAGUUCCAUCUAUGCCGGAUCUUCUGAACAUCGUAAGCCUGAAGUUACGGUGUCUUCGGUCCAUGGACAGUCUGGGUCUCAUAAAAAAUCGUCUUCAGAUCAUUUAUCCAAUAGUGCAAAAGCCAGUUCAAGUCAUAACAACAAGUCCUUGUCUUCAAAUCAUGGAAAGUCUGUGCCUUCAAAUCAUAGCUCUUCUGCAUCUAGUCAUGUAAAAUCCUCUUCAGGCCAUAGUCAUUCUUCUGUUAAUUCGGUAAAAUCAUCUUCAGAUCAUAAACACUCUGGUACUAAUCAUGUAACAUUCACUUCAAAACAUGGACAAUCUGCUAGUAAUCAUGCAAAAAUCUCAUCAAGCCAUAGCCAGUCUUCGUCUAGCAGUGCAAAACCAUCUGGCCAUCCUAAAAUGCAAAGCCAGAAAUCCUUCAAUACCAAACAUGAAGUGUCUUCGGAUAAGAAAUCAUCAUCAAAGUCAUUUUUAAAUGCAGUACAUAAAUAUUCUGAAAACAAGAUGGCAACGAAGUCCUUUUCAGGAUCUAAUCAGCACAAAGUAUCCAGUAGCAGAGUAGUGGAAAAUAAUCAUGGCAAACCAGUCGUUAAAACUGCUGAAAGAAAUCACAAACAAGCUGAUGUUGGUAAACUGGCUCCGAGGGACAAACAUUCACAAAGCAGCCAUAAUGUAAGAAUGAGCGAGAAGGAAGUUAAUAGGUUAAAGGGCAAAGGUCAAGAAUUCAAAAACCGUGAAACCAAUAAUAAGGUACACAGGGACAAAGGUAAUGUGCAUGAUUCCAAGCAUAAGAGUUUGUCGUCUGGUGACAGGAGAGAUGUGGAGAGGUCAAAUGGCAAAGGUGACCCCAGUGAUAGAAACAACUAUGAUUCAGUGCAUGAGAAGGUGUUGAUUUGUGGACCUUCGUCACCGGAGGAAGAGAAGCCGAAGAAAGCUGCAGCACCUCCGGCUAGUAACCCGUGGGAUAGAAUAUAUGGAGAGAUCAAGAAGAAAACUCCCAAACCAGUGUCGAGGAAGAGGCAGAUUAUAGAUUCUGAAAGUGAGGACGAGGACAUGGCUGGCUUCAUCGAUGACGAUGAUGACGACAUUGAAGACCCGUCGGACCUCGAUUACUCUAAAUACAUCAAACAGAUAUUUGGAUAUGACAGGAACAGGUACCGUGACGAUGAUGGUGAUGUGGACAACAUGGAGAGCAGCUACGCAUCGCUGAUGAAAGAGGAAGCCAGAAGUGCUAAAAUUGGUCUGUUGGAGGAUUUAGAAGACAUGAAGAGGGAGGAAGAAGAGUUCAAACAGAAGAUGAUGAAGAAGAAAAUAAGAAGAAUUUGAGAUUAGCACAACCUUGUUUUAAGGAGCAUAGUCAUAGUUGCAUAUUUUGGUUUGACCACCAGAUAUACUGAAACCCAUUGGGAAUGCAGCAACCAAUUGAUUGCUAUUGCAUGUGCGAUGUUGCUAUAUAAAACACCCUAUAACUCUUAACCCUUGCAUACAGUUUUUGGAUUAUAUAUUGUCUACCAGAAUACACCCAGUUAUACAAAAUAGGUUAAAUAUAUGUACUUUAAAAAGAUUAUGAUAUCCAUUUCAAAAAUACCAUUCUGACUAAUGUGUUUUUAAUGGAAUUCAGUAUAUAUAAUUCAGUUAAAUUUCUGUGUUCAAAUGUAAAGAAUUUUAAGCACAUAAAAGAGUUACAAUCAUUAAUAGAACAAAAUUACUGAUUGAGAAACCUUACAAUGUACAUGUUGUAUAUCUCCUGGGUUUACAAGGCCACACCACUCUUGUACAUAAAGUCAUUAUACUCUAUGCUGGAAUUUUGGGUAAACGGUAACAGGUUUCUUAAUAAUUUUCUUAAUUAUUGUUCCAGGUUAUCUUGGCAGUAAAACAUCAGUUAGAACUUUGAGUACAUAGGCAUAGGAUUACAGCAUUUGGGGAUUGGGAGGGGGGAGGGUGGGUGGGCAACUAUAUAUAUAUAUAUAUAUAUAUAUAUGUAUAUCAAUUUAAUUUUUAAAUGGGGGAAGCAUUAUUUUCAGAAUUCGGGGGAAGGAGGAUGUGCCCCUCCCAACUUCUGAUGCCCAUGAAGUACUUUCAUUGCCACAUUUUGUCUUGUUUUAUUGAAAUGAAAAGACUAAGGGAGCUUUCAGAAUUAUUAAUGAUUGUAAACUACCACUUAGGGUAAACACAAGAGUAAAUAGUUGAGAUAGUUUUGGGCUGUAAAGUUGAGUCUCUUCUCCCAAAGACGACCGAACAUUUAUUCAGUACUACAGUCAGACACGGUUUCAGCUUAAACAUCGCUUUUCAAUUAUAUGCUAGGCUCCAAUUUAAUGGAGGUAGGUAGAGAGCAUCAUCGAUGACACUUUUGUGCCAUCGGUAGAGCUCCUCAACAGUGGCGAAAUGUAUACACCUGGUGUACAUUAUCAGCCAAUAUUUAACAUUUGCACAUUUAAAAAA